GUCUACGGAAGUGAAAAUAACCGCAAAAUCAUGAGUUUACCAGCUUUUAUUAAUAUCCCCGAAGCCGAACAGGCCGGGGAGCUGAGGUCGUUCCUGAGGGAAAAGGGAGCAGAUAUCUCAGAGACGAUGAGUGAGGAGGGUCUAGAAUUAGACCUUGAAGCAGUCAUCGAUAAUGUGGGAGUCGUCUGGAAAUUACCAGAUGUGAACGAAAUUGAAGGUGUUUUCAACAGUAUCCUGUCUCUUCUCAUCUACUUUCCACAAGAAACGAUGGAAAAACUUGUCCCUAAAUUCAGCGAACACAUCACCAAGUCAGGCACAGCCGAGCAGUCAUACAUCAGAAUCAAAAUAUUGAAUAGUUUAUUUCAUGGCGUCGGAGAGACGAACCCUCUUGCAUACCACGUCUACACCGGCAUGUUAAGAGUUGCUGCUAAAUAUGAAAACAUCGAUCAAGUCGUCACAGAUUUAGACAAGGUGAAGAAAUGGACCAUUCAGUGGGAAUUGAAUCGAGACAGAAUCAACAAUGUCUACAGGCUGCUGUAUGAGGGGCUCAAAGAAAGCAAGCAUGGGGAUGAAGCCAGUGUGGUGAUGGUGGAGCUCUUGGGGACCUACACCGAGGACAACGCCUCCCAGGCUCGUGAUGAGGCCAACAGGUGUAUCGUCAGCACCAUCGCCGGCCCACAGGUCUACCUCUUCGAUCACCUCCUCACCCUCAGACCGGUCAAGUUCCUGGAAGGAGAGAGGAUUCAUGAUAACCAACCGCUGACGGAUUCGAGAUUCACUUCCAGGUCAACUAUCUGUCACACUUCCUGUUGAUCCUGCAUUUACUUCCGGUGUUGAAGGCGACAGGUAACGAUACACGGAUCGUUUUAAUAUCGUCGUUGAUGCAUCGGUUCUCAAAAUGGGACCCUCAUGAUAUACAGUGCUUCAACGAGAAAGAUAAGAUGACUGUUUAUGGAACGACAAAAUUAUACCAGAUUAUGCAGAUGUUUUCUUUAGC